AAAAGAAAUAAUAAUCAAAUUCAUUAGAAAUUCAAAACUAAUGGCAAAUAAAAGGAUAAAAUAAGAGAGAAAACAAGUUUUGUCUCAUAUUUCGACCAAAAAACUAAACCAUAGGUAAGAAUAACUGCGACAGUCAUGAGUAGUGGAAAGGUAUCCUACGAGCGCCUGUACCUCAUCUAGUGGUCUAUGAGAUCAACUCUGUAUCCAUCGGUGGAUAUAAUUAUUUGAAUGAAUUGUUUUGAAGAAUAGGAAUAUCACAGACAUUCCCGUGACAUGUCUGUCCACACCAGCAAUUGUCACGAUAAGUAGUAGGGGAUCUCGACAUACCUGAGCCAUGACCUCAACCAAAGCCAUCGAGCAGUUGGUGUCGAUUCAUGUGUUUGAGAAUCAGUUACACAACUCAGUGGUCAUGAAGUGGACGUUCCCUUCCAUUGGACACACUCUGCGGUCAUAUAUCGAGACACAACUCAACGAUCAAUACUUUGACCCGAACUCAGGUCUAUUUGAUCGGCACUUCCAUUACCAUCACUUCGAAAACGUAUGGAUUUAUAUGCAUUCCUCUGAACCCCUGGUCCUGAGCUCACCAGAUGUCAAACAGUUCUCAAUCGUGAUAAUCGCUAAAGACUUUAAUCCAGAGAAAUACGAAACACUGACCAAAAUAUUUGUCAAAAUAUACCUCAAGAGCGGACAAAUCGAGAGACUCUUAUCGUAUUACUUAACACUUCUAAUAAAGGGCUCAUUCCGUGUGAGUGAGGAUCAGCUGAAUAAUUGCCAGAAAUUCAAUCUCGAAGACUACGAGUCGGUGGACACCAUCCACGCCAAGUCGACCAUCAAGUCUGUGAUCAAAAUGUUUGGAUUAGACGUUAUACUCAUAUACACGGCUCUCGUACUGAAACGCCGGGUCGUUGUCUAUCACCACAAAUUGGAUCCAUUGCUACAAUUCAUACGAGUAUUACCAGCGUUUGUGUGGCACCGACCGGACGCCUACCAAAUGCUGUACCCGUGCGUUGAGCUCAGCUCGACCACAGAGAUCCAGGACCUCCAGUCCCACACCCACUAUAUCGCCGGCUUUCUCGAGUCCGAUGUCCAGAGUCGGACCGAUUUGUACGACAUUUACGUGAAUCUCGCGGCCAUUGAGAUCACUGUCGGCCACACCUCGAAGGAUAUGUUCGCUAUGACUAAGACUCACAAAGAGAUCGCUGUCUUCAUGACCAGACAGGCCGACAGCCACACCACCACCGACUCGGACCUCAUUCGUGACAUUUGUGACAAGAAUUUGGAGUUAAUUAAGAAUCUGAAACGGAUGGCAACCACACCGUCGACCACCGGGGAUACUGACAGUCCUAUCAAUGGGAAGGACACUCCCGAUGACAAGCCUAUGAUAUCACUGGAAGUCCUCAAAGAGAAGAAACUGAACAAGAAUUUAGAGAAUUUCUUAUGGAAUUUAGCCAUCGCUGAGAAUCUCUGCUUUUAG